AUGGAAGAAGUAAGGCAGCUUGUGCAAGAAGAAGGCAGAGAAGCAAGAAACCUGGUAGCAUUUCAUGUAGCUGUCGAAACACCAACUCGAGUGUCCCGCAAGCCGCCCAAGGCUACGCCCCCUCCGCGUAGGGCUCCGCCGAGGGCUACGCGUUUGCGAUCCGCGUCGGCCGGCCGCGACAAACGUUCCGAGCUACGUGCGAGAUACUGGGCCCUGCUGUUCGGCGACCUACAACGCGCUGUUGGUGAAAUCUACAAUACAGUUGAAGCCCACGAGAACCUAAAUGAGUGCCAAGAAGUAAUAUUAGUACUAGAAAACUAUACGCGUGAUUUUAAAGCAUUGGGAGAGUGGUUUAGGUUGAAAUGGGAAUAUGAUAAUACUCCUCCACCGCAACGGCCACAGAGCUUGGCUUGGGAGAUAAGAAAAACUGAUUUCGUUCGGCCGGAAUCUCGACGUGCACAUUCCGUAAAAAGUUCUCCAUCGGUAUCUGGUAAAAAUAGCCCUUGCUUAUCCGGACACAAUACGCCAAGCGGUAAGAACAGCCCUAAUUUGACAGGCAAAGCUAGUCCAGGUAGCGGCAAAAUUAGUCCAAGGAUUACAACAUGCCAUUCCAGUACUAGUCCAAAAACGAACAUCGAAUUCUUUACCAACAAAAUUGUGGUAUCUAAAAUCACUACUAAACCUGAGCCCAAAUCAGCCAAAGAACCAACAAGACUUUCAGAUAUUAAAGAAAAAGAUGUCAAAGAAGCAUUAGACGAAAUAAUUAUGGAAGAUACAGAAAUAAAUAUUAAAAAUAACGGUGACGAAGCUAACAGCCCUCAAGAGAGUGAUCAAAUUAUUACAGUUGAAAUAGGAAAGGCUAAAGAACUGCCUAGUGUGACUCCUAAACAGGUUAUUAUAAAAUCACCAAAAACUGUCAAACCGACUAUAAAAAAUGCUAAAACACCGCCUGACAUUGAUCAUUCUAGCCAAAUUAAUUCUCAAUUAGAUGCAAUGGAGAACGAAUUUUUAUUAAAACAGCUCACAGCGGUUAAGGCUAAAAAUGAAAACUUUUUGAAUGAAGAGAAAGAUGUUCAAAUUACUAGCGACGAAAUAAAACAUGAGAAUCCAGACAACAAAAUACCUUCAAAUGACGAGAAAGGUAGGCUGCCACAUGAAUCGCCUACAAUAUCAGAAGAGAAUUUUGCUGAUGUAUCAAAUGAGAGUUCGCCUAAAUCUUGUGUAGAUACUUCUGGUCAGAUAAUCGGAAAGAAUGAAUUGAUUGAUAAAGAGUUCAGUGAAAAAGAAAUUUGUAAUAACAAAACACAAUCGGUAGAUUCCACUGUCACACAUAUAAAGUCUAAAAUAAAUUCUGUAGAACAUUGUACAGAAACAGAAAAUAAAGAUGAUUUAAGUAAACAAUAUACAAUUACAGAUGUUAAAGGAAAUUUGCUAGAAAGUACCCAAAAGGAGGACAGUUCCAUUAAAGAAGCCACUCACCAAUUGAAUAAAGAUUUUCCAAACGAAGUAGACGCACGGGAUAUCAGUAUCAAUCAAGAUGUUAAAAAUUUAAAUGACGAUAAAGAUCUUACUAACGAUGCUAACAUCAAAAAGACAAUUGAAGAAGGUAAGGAAGAACUUAAAAAAGAGCCGGAUUUAAAAAAGCCAGAGGCCAAAGUGGUUUUAGAAUCAAAGUCAAUCGCUAAGCCUGCGUAUUCACAAGCGGCUGCAAAACCUAAACCAACAAACGCUGCUAAAGCAGAAGUAAAAACACCUACGAAAACUGCUUUAGUACGGAGCUCUACUGUUGUAGAAAUGCGGCCAAACACAGCUCCUAAAACUCAGAGAUCAUUCCAAAAAAGAAGUCAAGCCAAUAAGUGUAGCUAUCCUUUCAACUUGACUACCAGUCGCACUAGUCUUUUUGACACUCCAACCUCAAAUACUGUCAACAGAGCACCAUUGCCGAAACGGCCAGUAAACAAAAACAGUCAUAUGGCCUCAGGUGACGCAAAAUCAGUUCCUAAUAAAGUAGAUCAUAAAAAGCGUCCACCAAGACCAACCGCCUUAAAAAUAAACGAAAAAGGAGAUAAAAAAGAUAAGAUAAAUCAACCAUUAGAAAAAAUAAAAGACUAUGAAGAAUAUAGCAGCUGCGAUACGAUAGUGACUCAAAUAGAUAUGUCAAGGAUCGAAUCCAGCGAAAGCUUGAAGACAUUAGUUCCAGAGGAAACACAACUACAAGACGUUGCCAAUUCGAUAGAAGUGCUCAAUGUAGACAACAACAAGAAUGAUAAUGAAGGGUGGCUGACUGUCAAGUCCAGGCGACUGAGUCGCGAAUCAAAGAAGCAAUCAAAGUCUCACUGGGCGAAUAGGUUUCACCAACCUUCCGCUACGACAAGUUUGCCAACAUUAAACAUGCUAGAAUCCCCUAAAGAAGAUACUAACGCUAUAGUAGAGCUACCCAAAGCAACUAAAACUGAUCGCGCGAAAUCUGAGCAGCCAGAAAAUGUUGUUAAAAUGGAAAAACAUGAAAAAGCUGAAAACGUCGUAAAAGUACUUGCUACACAAAAAAUUCAAAAUAAGUCUAAAGACUUGGCUAUGAUUAGACAAAAAUCGGACGUCACUGGUCUUAAAACUAAAUCGUCUAGAAACAAAGUGCUUACAAAGAAGGCCGAGAAGAUCAAAGAUAAAUCCAACAAAGAGGAUCAUUCUGAUUUGAAUAAGAACAGGCUCCAUUCGUCUUUGGAAAGCCUUACGACUGGUCUAGCGAGGUCUCAAGAGAGCACCGAAGAAGCAUUCGAUUUCGAUAAAUGGAAGGCCGAAUUUAAAUUAACAUUUAAGUAUCUCGAUGAAGAUGACCAAAUUCCCAAUCAUAAUGAGAUUCUGAAAGCAGCUGAUCCGUCUGAGAUGUCGGAGAUUGCAGAAAUGACGUCACAGAUUGAAGAGAACGAGAGGAAGAUUAGUUGGGCCUUGGACUUUCAAUCGGAAGUUGAUCAACGAAAGCUCUGCGAGGAAGAGGAUUUGCUUAAUCGUCAGAUUAUGGAGCUGCAACAAGUUUCCGAUAUUGACUUAGACACAGAGACUGAUGAUACAGAGACGGAUGCUGAGAUACUGUGCGAAGACACCAUGAACCCUCCGUCGUGUCCAUCGGAGAGCCUGGGUUCCUUGGCAGCAAGUCUGGAGGAUCAGUAUGAAACAGCACUUGCAGGAAUGUCCUGGGCUGAGCGGGUUGAUACGCUGGUAGUGCUUGAGGCACUCGUGGCUAGAGAUCCUGGACGAGCCCAGCAGCUUCACGCCAAACUGUCACAAGGUAUCAAACGUCGAGGUAGUCUUCAGGAUGCUUUGCGAAGGCUCCAAGCUAAGCAAGCUCGUGCAGAACGACAGAGAAUGGAGUAUCAGACGGAGAGAGCAAAAAAGAUACAUCAGCUGCUGGCGAGAGUUGAGGAAGUCAAGGUGGCCAAAAAUCAACUGAUAGAAGAGAAGAGACUAAGAAUGGAGAGACGUCUCCAGAAAGCGGCUGAAAACCGAGAUCAGCAUUUGAAAGAUAUCGUGAAGAAAGCCCAUGAUGAAGACGAGAAGCUGAGGGAGAUUGCGUUCAUCAAGCAGCUGCAGGCGCAGAACAGGAGGCACGACUUCUUGGCACAGUGCCGAUACCAUACCACUAGGCUGAGGCAAAUGCGGCGAGACCGGCUCCAGAAGCUGGAAGAAAAGGCUGCAAGGGAGGCAGCCGUGGGGGCCCGUCGCCAAGCUCUGGAGGAAGCUCGCCGGAGCCGCGUGGAGUCGCUGCUGCAGAGACGUCGGCUGCGGGACGAGCGCGUGCAGGGCAUGCGGGAGCUGCGGCGGCAGGAGCGGGACGACGCUGCCAGGGAGAAGGCGGAAGGUGUGAAGUCCCGUCUGUCAGCCCUCGCAGCGGCCGCUGAACUAGAAGUUGACGCUCUGAGAUCCCGUAUAAGAGACAAACAAGACGCGAGCCAGCAGAGAUUGGAACUACACUUACAGGCCGUAAGAGAAAAGGCGACUGGACCGCGACAGGCAACUGUUUCCGAGAGCCACGACCAGGCCACGAAUGAUGAAGAGGAAGCGGAGAGACUGGAGCAAGAAAGACGCGACAGAGAGAAGCAAAAAAAUAUUAAGAAGAAGGCGCGCAAACUGCGACAGAAGUUGCUGGCCACAUGCAACGAUAACCCAAUUUUAGACGAUCACAACCCAUACGAGCCAUUCGCCUUGCCCUUAGUCAAUAAAAUGUACAAAGUUGUACAACAAAUCACCAAUAUCUUAUCACCGUUGCUCAAUGAAGAACAACCCAACGCUAAGGUCAACCACAACGGUCUGGACUUUGACGAGAAACCUAAGAAGCACAAAAACAAAAAACCUAAAGCAGUCAACGGAGACAUCGAGCAUGAAGACAAGAAGAAAUCUAAAAAGAGGAAAACGGAGGAUGACCAAACCACUAAUGGCGGUGCCAGUGUUGAGAACAAUAAUAACACUGAAGUGGAGAUCUUUGAUCUAGAGGUGAAGGUGGAAACAAAGAAAAAGAAUAAAAAGAAAAACAAAGACAACGAGGCCAAUAACGAUAGGAAUAAAAAUGACAAACCCAAAUUGAGCAAGGCGAGCUCAAUUUGUAGUUCUUUAAGCGACACAAGCAGGGGAAGUAAGAAAUGCGAGAACAAAUCUUCGGUCAUAAUUGAUCACGUGCUACUGGAGAGGCAGCUGAAUGAGUUGCAUAGAAUGAUGGAAAGGUUCGAUAAGAGUGGUCCAGAUAAACUGUCAGUGGCGAGGAUACAAGGCCUGAAGGCGGGCGCGCGACUGCUGGCACUUGCGGCUGACACGCAACUAGCGCAUCCAUUCCCUGCCAGGUAA